GAUGGCUCGUGUUUGUGUUUUUAUACAGAGUGUUGUGAGUGUAGUGUAGACAUUAUUCCUCCUGUAGUGUACUUUAAUGUGUUUUUAGGGUCUUGUCAGUGUUUUAUAGAACAGUAGUAUUAUUCUCUGUGUUUAUGUGCUGAAAUGAGUGAUGUUGUGGAGAAAACCCUUACUGCUCUGCCCGGUUUAUUUGAUUCACAAACUGGAGCUGCAAAAAUCACCAACAGAUUAAAACAACUGAUCAAAAGCAUCACUGAGCUGACGUCUAAACAUGAGGAAGAGAACCUUAUUAAGCAGGAGCUGACAGCCAUGAAAGAGCAGGUGUCAUCACCCAACACCACCAUGAAGCAGAUGAGAGAGAUCAUGGUGCGUGCCAUGUACUGUGAGAUGUUGGGCUACGAAGCCUCGUUCACGUACAUCCACGCCAUCAAACUGGCCCAGCAGGGCGGCGUCCUGGAGAAGAGAGUGGGUUACCUUGCAGUGUCCCUUUUCCUUAGUGAGGGCCACGAAUUGUUGUUACUGCUCGUAAACACAGUAUUAAAGGAUCUUCAGAGCACCAACCUCAUUGAAGUGUGCAUGGCUUUGACUGUUGUCGCUCAGGUGUUUCCCAAAGACAUGAUACCUGCUGUGCUUCCUCUGGUGGAGGAGAAACUGUCACAUCCAAAGGAAAUCAUUAGGAGGAAAGCUGUCCUAGCGUUGUAUAAGUUCUACCUGAUCGCUCCGAAUCAAGUCCAGCACAUUCACGGCAAGUUCCGGAAGGCACUGUGCGAUAAAGAUCCAGGCGUCAUGACAUCAUCCUUACACAUUUACCUUCAACUGAUCAGGGAGAAUCCAGACAGCUAUAAGGACCUGACAGGCAGUUUUGUGACCAUCCUGAAGCAGGUGGUGGGGGGUAAACUCCCGAUAGAUUUUAAUUAUCACAAUGUUCCAGCACCGUGGCUGCAGAUCCAGUUACUCCGAAUCCUCUCACUGCUUGGGAGAGAGGACCAAAGCACCAGUGAACUGAUGUAUGAAGUUCUGGAUGAGUCUUUGCGAAGAGCUGAAAUGAAUCACAACAUUACUUAUGCAAUUCUAUAUGAGUGUGUGAAGGCCGUCUACACCAUACAACCAAAAGCUGAGCUGUUGGAAAAAGCUGCGAGAUGCAUUGGAAAUUUUGUUCUUUCUCCAAAGAUCAACCUUAAAUAUCUAGGUUUGAAAGCUUUGACGUACGUUGUCCAGCAUGAUGCUAAACUGGCUCUGCAGCAUCAGAUGACCAUUAUAGAGUGUCUGGACCACUCAGAUUUCACGAUUAAGAGAGAGACUCUGGAGCUUUUGUUCAGGAUCACAAACGCUCAGAAUGUGAUGGUGAUUGUGGAGAAGAUGUUGGACUUCCUGCGCCUCUGUAACGAUGACCACACCGUCAUCCACCUCGUUGGAAAAGUUGCAGAGCUAGCUGAGAAGUUUGCUCCAGAUAACUCGUGGUUCAUUCAGACGAUGAAUGAUGUUUUUUCCAUCGGAGGAGACCUGUUGCAACAGGACGUCCCAAACAACUUCCUUCGAAUUAUGGCAGAAGGCUCAGAGUCGAUGGAGGAGGACGAGCAGUUACGACUGUAUGCUGUCGACUCAUAUCUGACCCUACUGAAUGGAGAUUGUUCUCAUCUGCCACAGCGCUUUCUACAGGUCAUGAGUUGGGUUCUUGGCGAAUACUCGCACCUCCAAGAGGAUCUGGACCAGCGAGAAGUCAUUCGUCUACUAACGAAACUACUGGAUCAUAGAAGGGUGAGCUCGGAGACGCGGGUCUGGCUUCUGUCUGCUCUCACCAAGCUUUGUGAGGGCCACACAGACCUGAUUCUGGACCUGUCUGAGAGUCUCUCGUCCUCACAGGACACGGUUCUCCGUCAGCAGGCCCAUGAGCUACGUCUCCUCAGCCAGGACUCGCAGAUUCAUGGGUGGGCACUGCCCCGUGGAGCCACCUGGGACAGCAUGGAGGUUGACUCCUCUCUGUCGUUUCUGGAUGGGUUUGUGUCAGAGGCGCUGGCUGCAGGAGCUGCUCCAUAUAAACCUCCUCAUCAGAGACAUGAAGAGUUGUGUGAGGAGAGAGCAUUGAGUCUGGAGCCGUACGUUUUUUCCCUUCCUGUAAGUUUAUCAUUGUGUAGCAUCACUGACAGACAAUCUCCCAAACUACCGUCCGUCACUUCAGAACUGUCGGACAACAGCACAGAACUCUUGCAGAAGGCAGGUUCCAGUACACUGAUUUUUGAAGGGGUAAAGAGAGUGUGGGGGAAAGAUGGUUAUUUGCCUCAGAAAGAAACAACAGGAAUAGCACCUCCAGUGGAAGAGUCUGGCGCUGCAGUUCUGGCCCCUAUACAGCAGGGGGCAGCAGAGAUGCCAGAGCCGGAGCCCUUGCAGCAAAACCAGGAGAAACAGCAGCUGGCGUCGUCUUUAUUUGUUGGUUUAGGGGCCCAGAGCUCCAUGUCUCUGCUAGGAAAAUCGGAAGCCCCUCCUCCUCGCUUUAGAAGAAAGCCACGCCUACAUGACUCAUCAUCAUCGUCAGGCACCAGCGAGAAGUCGUCUGAGUCCUCCCACUCAUCACGCAACACAGCCGACAGCUUCCUGUAUGGCAACCUGCUGGAGGAGGAGCCCGCCACUACAAUUUCCUGUUUUGACCUCGCACCUAAAUCUGCGACAGCCAAUCACAGCCAAACCAAUGGCCUUGGACAAAACAAAGACACCGUUUCCAUGGAAGCAGACAGACAUGCUAACACAUCUCAAAUAUUGGGCAGCGAUAUGGUUCUAGUGCGGCCCAACAAACAACAGGAUAGAUAUCCUACAUCUGUGGUUUCAGAUCUAUCCACACUGAUACCCUCUGACCUGAAAGACCUACCUCAUUCUGAUGUCAUCAGCUUGACCUCUGACCCCAGCCUGUCUCUCUCAUUCUGUCGUGUGUUUAAAGACGAAGCUUUGCUGCUUGUGAUAUUUAUUUCUAACUGUACAGAAACUACAAUCAAAGAUGUUGCUGUGCAGCUGACCUGUGUAGAGCUAGAGACGGCAAGUUUGAGAGGGAAUGUGAUGGACUAUUUGGAGGAGAACAGUACGUCAGUGUGUCAUUACACUUUGCUGAUGAACGACCCUCAAACACAGGUGUCCUUUACUGGGACUGUCUCUUACCAAACACAGCCAGGACACACCAACACACUCGUGUUCUCUGGGACGCUCUCCACCGCUGACUUUAUCAGGCCUUUGAUUGUAAGCACAGAGGAAUAUGGGAAAAUGUGGCUGUCCUUCUCUCACGAUGUAAAACAGAAUCUGAAACUGCUGACAGAUGCUGGUGAUUCGCUCAGAUCCACACUAGAUGCUGUUAAAGAGACACUUCAGCUGCACAUUGUGGAUAUCAUUGGUUCGGAGGGAAUUGUAGCGUGCCGUCUGCUCAGUGGCGCCCCCUGUCUUCUGCACUGCAGAGUGAACGGUGCAGCACUGGCAGUGUGGCUGCGCUCUUCUCUGCCUGCUCUCCCAGACUGCAUCCUGUACCACUGCCAGAAAGCACUAGCAGAACACUGAAGAUCCAGACUCCACUGAAAUCCAGAUACACUUCCGAUGGAACCUCCAGUCGAAAGUUCUAUUGCACCUCCUUAACAAAAACAUUGUUCAGGUGUCUUGACUUGGACACAUUGAUCAAGCAAUGACUCCAUGAAAGCAAUACACAUGUAUUGUGUCGUCUUAUGCUCUGAUUAAUAAUUUUAAUGAUAUAUAUGUAUUUUUUUUGUAUGUUACUGAGCUGCAUUGUUGACAGCUUCCAUAUAGUACAAAUUAUUUAUUGAUUUAAAAAAAUCCAGCUUGUAUUUUCCUGUUCUGAUUUAUUUGUUCUUCACUGUUUAUUUGAUAAGAUAAAGGGAAAUUGUAUAAUAUUGUUUUCACAAUUUAGGUUUAUAGGCUGUAGUUAUUAGUUCAGGUUGUAAGGCGCCUCUUUAUAGCAGAGAACCUCUGGACAGAUUACUUUUCAAUCCAGGAUAUAAAGAUUAUAUUCUUAAAAUGUAAUAAAAACAUCC